AUGGCUCAUAAAAGUUCAACAACUUCGUUUACCUAUUCUGUAACUCGAAAAACUUCACAUACCUCUCUAACAUUCGAAACUGUUAUGUCCAAUCUCUAUGCUUCAAUUGGAAAAUCUACAGAUUUGAAAUUGUCAGCAAUUGCCGGAAAUACCACAUCAUAUGACGAAAAAAACAAAGAGAAAUUCAUCGAAGGAGUUGAGGCGGCCGUUGGACCUCAAGGAUUCAUGAAUUUUGGUGAAAUCAAUCAUGGUUCCUGGCUCCCACUCUUCAAUAUCCAAUCCAAUCCACAGCUUGGUCUAAAACGUAUCAUACUUGGAAAUCCACUAAUAGCUAUUACGAUGCUCUCUCAAUCUAGUAAAUCUCUCAACGCAGGAUUGUUUGUACCUGUGGAGAUUCUAGUCCGUCAGUUAUCAGGUGAAGAAGGAACGGAAAUCACGUGGCAAGUACCUAGUACUUUGAUUGCUGCUACAGACAGAGGGAAUGAUGGAUUAUUGACUGCAGCGCAAGUUUUAGAUGGGAAACUGGAAGAGUUGAUUGUAUUCAUUGGUAGCGGCGUCAAAUCUAGAUAUACAUACACCAAUCCCAGCUAUGCAAACAAGUCCAGUAUGAAGUGCAGGUGUCCUACACGAUAUUAUAAUGUAGGAGAAUACAUGCGACCAAAGCCUUCUAUCGGCUGGACGGAAAGAGUAGAGUUUGUGUAA